AUGUGUGAUGCUGGGUUGCAAGAUUUAUCAAAAAUUAUGUUAUUUGAGGACAUUCAAGAACAUAAAAUUCGUAAUUUACAAUAUUAUAAUAAUAACCUUUUGAGAACAUUAAGAAUUUCUUAA